AAACGUACCCCAGUGGUUUAACUAGCUAACCGUGUGCAAAAUUGUGCACUAAGCAGCCAGGUAAAGUGUGCAAAAGUUGUAAGCGUUAGUGUGGAAUGCUGUGAAAAAGGGGGAUAAAAAGAGGGGAGGUAACCUAACCGUCAUCAGAUAUCGUCCGUUUUAUUGUAUGAAUAUUCAUCCUGUCAGUGGGAAGAAAAUGGCAUCGAAGAGUGAAAAAAAAGUAACAAAUCUCGGCAAAGGAGAUUCUCAGUCGACUGUAUGUCCUUGUUGCAGAAGUACGUCGGGUAAUUCACAGUGCGCCUGUGGAGAGAAAUGCUUGCGUUGCGGUACUGGCGCCGACAAGUCAUCUUCCAAAUGUGUCUGUGGAAGCGAAUGUCAGUACUGUGACGCAGAAGCCUGUAAAACCAAAUGCGCCUGCGGGGAUAAAUGCCAGUGCUGCGACUGCAAAUCAUCGUCCAAAUGUGUCUGUGGAAGCGAAUGCGAAUUGUGUGACGCUGAAGCCUGCAAAACCAAAUGCUCCUGCGGGGAUAAAUGCCAGUGCUGCGACUGCAAAACAUCUGCCAAAUGUGUCUGUGGAAGCGAAUGCGAAUUGUGUGACGCUGAAGCCUGCAAAACCAAAUGCGCCUGCGGGGAUAAAUGCCAGUGCUGCGACUGCAAAACAUCUGCCAAAUGUGUCUGUGGAAGCGAAUGCGAAUUGUGUGACGCUGAAGCCUGCAAAAACAAAUGCGCCUGCGGGGAUAAAUGCCAGUGUUGCAAAUGCCAAUCAUCUGCCAAAUGUUGCGACAGUGAAACCUGUAAAUCCUCUUCCUAAAUAAAAAUUUAUCCUGUCUCAAAAUGAUAUGCAAAUGACAUUCAUAAUAAAUCUCUAUAGUAUGCAUCAUAAAAGGUUGUAUAUAUUACUUCCGUAGAAGUAAUAAACAUUGAUUUCAUUUGUGUUAUAUAAUAGCUGAAAUGUGUUGGCAGUUAAGAUGGUCUUAGAUCCUCGUUUUGUAUGUUUGAAAUUUUUGUGUUUUAUCAUUUGAAUACACGAACUUUUAUAUUAUUUGCACCUGCAGAAAAAUCAAUAAAUUGUUUUUUUAUUA